AUGGCAUUCAAAUUUGUAUUGAUUGUUGCGUGUAUUGCUACUGUAAGUGCCGGAACUGGAAUUUUGCUACCAAGUCAAUUUACUAUCGCUAAAACAAUUCCGGUGCAGUAUCAGUCUUCUUUAUAUCACCACAUCCCCCGGAAAUAUGACUACGAUUCACAUCCACAAUACAAAUAUGGCUAUAACAUUCAAGACAUCGCCUCUGGAGAUUCAAAAAGCCAAGUAGAAACACGAAACGGAGACAAAGUAAAUGGUGAAUACUCGCUGCUUGAUGCCGAUGGAUUUAAGAGAAUAGUUAAAUACACAUCUGAUUCGAUUAAUGGAUUCAAUGCAUUUGUAACUCGGAUUCCAAUUCAAGGAAGUCAUAAUGUCAAGGCCUUAGUUUCUCUUCCUAAACUAGUCACAUCAAAGCCAACAGAAGUGCCAUAUGUUAGCGCAUCAGCUCAAGAGAUUGAUUACGAACCUGUUGUUGAAGGGGCUUAUGCUGUAAGUCCAAUUGUUAGAGCUGUCCCAGUUGCAUAUCCUUUAUCUAAAAGUCAUUAG